AUGGACGAAACAGUCCUAAAUGACCUCCAAAAACUCAAACUAACCAAAGAAGAAGGAGAAGAAAUCUACAUCACAAGCAAAACCCAAAGCAACCUCCUUGAAGAAUGUUCUUUAAGCCUUUUUGGAAAGCUUCUUUCAGAUCGCCACCAGAAUAGCCGUGCUCUCAAGAAUACUCUCAGAAUGGCAUGGAAGUUGGGAUCUGAUCUACGGAUAGUGGAUGUAGGUAAUGGUAUUUGGCAGUUUAAGUUCAGCUCUAGAUUUCAAAUGGAAUGGGUCGAAAAGAGUGGCCCGUGGAAUUUUGAAAACAAUUUGCUCCUUUUAUGUCGCUGGAGAGCAGGCCUUACCUCAACAAACAUUAUCUUUACUCACUCUCCUUUCUGGGUCCAAGUAUGGGGCCUUCCUUUUGAGUUUAUGAAUGGGGAAGUAGGCAAAGAUGUAGGAGGCACAAUAGGAAAUUUCCUUGAGGUGGAUAAAGAUCCUGGCAAUCCGAUCAAGCAAAGUACAUGCGCAUUAAAGUCGAAGUUCAGCUGGACAAACCUCUUCGCAGAGGAGGUUUCGUUUCCAGUCCAGAGAGUGGGAAGCAUUGGGUGUGGUAAGAUCGGGCAUGAUGUUAAGCAUUGCUUGGAAGCGGCGGUAGAGCAUGAGACAGGCAACCAAUACGGUGACUGGAUGAGAGCGGGCUGGGAUUCAAAAUGGGGACCGAGCAGAUCCCGGUCCACCAGUAGUGAAGGCAGAACCGCGGCGGCAGAAGGCACUAAUGUUGCUGGAAUGCGCGCCUCUGCAAACGUCCUGGGCAUGGCUGAGCCUGACAGCCUCGGUGAAACAAAUGGGUCAAACACAAACCCGGCUUUGGGGUCUGUCCAAGGGGUUUCCUCUGCAAAAAAUCUGUCCUCUCUGCUCCUACGGACGGCGGAUUCUCAGGAUGGAUGGGACAAGACUGAAAAUUUAAAUUUGAAGCGUAGGGAGAAAGCUAAAGGGAUUUCACGUGACAAUAGCAUUAAGGAAAUACCACAAAGCUCUCUGAACCCAAAAGAAGAAAAGCAAGAUGAGCACUCUGCUGUGGGCCAAGCGCAAGAGAUAAAAGGAAAAGCCCAUGAAGCUAUUAGUCCACUAAGGCAAAAACUGGACCGCAAGUGCAAAGGUGUGGCCACUCCUUCUGUGCAAGGCCCUACUAAAGAUACCCAACAAAAGAAAAAAUCCAAUAUGAAGAAAAUAGCUAGACAAGUAGCCCAACAUCAAACACAGGCCUUAGACACAGAAAUGUUUAAUUCAGAUGUGAGACUAGGAUUCAAAAGGCCAGCAUUGGGCUCCAAAAUUGUCUUCCUUGCGGAGACAAAACUGAAUAAAAGAGAAUCAAACAAGAAAAGAAGAUUUAUGUCUCACUUAAAUUGCCUUCUUGUUCCUAGCAAGGGUCAGAGUGGUGGGCUUGCAAUGAUUUGGACUAAGGAUACUUCCCUUGACAUAGUAUCCUACGGCCCUCAUCACAUUGAUGCCAUUGUCACUGAGCCUGAAUCUGGUUUUAAAUGGAGAGUCACCGUUUCAAUGAGUGAAAAACAGGGGGGUGCUCAAAGGUCCCAAAAUCAAAUGGACGGUUUCAGAAAUGUGAUUAAUCUAUGCAACUUUAGGGACCUGGGUUACAAUGGAUCUGAUUUCACAUGGUGUAACAUGAGAGAGGGGGUUGAUAGGAUUUAUAUGCGUCUUGAUCGGGUGCUUGCAACGGAUGACUGGAAAAGUUUUUUCCAAAAUACGAGGGUACAUCAUCUCAUCGACUCCACCUCUGAUCAUUGUGCCUUGCUUGUUUCUAAUAUGGUGGUGGUGCAGCCUCCACAGAGGUGCCGUUUCCAUUUUGAGGCGAUGUGGACGCACAGAGAGGAAUGUAAGGAAGUUAUCCAAGAGACUUGGAAUGCCUGUCUAGACACAAGUACCCCAGCGGGACUUGCACUUAGCCUUAGGAAGUGUGCUGCGGACCUUACAAGCUGGAGUCACUCAGUCUUUGGCCAUAUUCCUAAACAGAUACAAGCAAAAAGGACAGCUCUCCAAUCUCUUGUACUCCGUGAUUCUGAUGGUAAUCUUGGGGCUGAAAUAAAUAGUUUGAGGAAGGAUUUAAACGAACUCCUUGACAACGAGGAAAUUUACUAG